CAAACACAAGGGCAAAUAGCCACCGGCAUGACGGCGGGCGGAAGGAACAUAUCAUGGGUAGCCGUACUGGCAAGCCUCUGUGUUAUCUCUAGCGUGACCGGAUUCCAGACUGCCGUACGGCCCGCAGCGCGAAAUGCUGGUGGGAGAAGUAACCGGGCCAAUCCAACAUCAUCACCUGACGGCAGCAGGACCGGACUUGCCGCGGCCUCAACAGACUUUGGGGGGAUGUUGGGAGACAAGGUGGCCUCUGCAAUCGUCGGUUCGCCUAUUUAUCCGCUUCUCAUACGGCAAGCGAAGGACACCAUGAAGAAAAGCGCAGAGGACAUCGGCGUGGAUUGGGACGCAGAGGUGGCGCGGUUGCGAGACGCCCAAGACUGGGACGCGGCUCUGGCAGGGCUCUUGGAAACGUCUUCCGUGGAGGUCCCUGACUAUUACAAGAAGCCGUUUCACGCCUAUGCGGACGGAAACCUGUGCUGGGAGGCAGCCUGGGAGCAACACCUUGCUUCCAAGGCGGUCGGAUUCCGGAACUUUCCCGAGGACGCGGAAAGAGGCGAGCACCUCUUGCGUAAGGGGUACGAGGCGCAGAUGGAGCGGCUAGGCGUGCUAGUGGAAGACGGUGGCCUCGUGGUGGACCUCGGGUGUGGGUCGGGCACUAGCACCAGGUACCUGGCAGAGCAGUUUCCCUCCGCGGGUAAGGUGGUGGGGGUCGACCUCUCUCCGUACAUGCUGCUGACCGGGCGAUUCAUGCAGCAGGAGGACGAGAACGCUGACCCUCGCGUGGAGCUGGAAUACGGAGACGCGGCUAGGACUGGGUUGGAGGACAACAGCGCUUCUCUCGUUUCCUUGUCUCUGGUGGUACACGAGCUGUCGACCGAGGGAAGGAGAUCGAUUCUAGCGGAGGCUUUCAGAAUCCUCCGUCCGGGCGGGAGCGUUUCCAUCAUGGAAAUGGAUCCCUCGGCCCCGGGCUACAUUAAGCUCAGGAACAACCCGAUGCUGUUUUCCAUAUUGAGGAGCACGGAGCCCUACCUAGACGUUUAUUUCUCGGAGGCAGGCAACAUUGACGCCGAACUGCAAGAAGCGGGCUUCGCCACGGUGCGAAAAUCCGGGGUGACUGGGCGGCAUAUGGCGGUAGUCGGCGUCAAGGGAGGGACGUUUGACUUGCGGGCCGACUUCAAGCAAAGGGAGAAGGACGACACUCACCUACAGACGCACAGGGCCGACGUUUGGGUGAAGACCCGUUGAGUCAGUCCUUCCAGGUGUUGUGAAGGGUACUGUAGUCAGGGCUCCUGUAGUCAGGGCUCCUGCGUGGCAAUCAAGUAUGGUUGGGAAAGCUUGUUGGAUACGAAAGCUGGCAAUUGGUUUGCCUUUGAAAAUUUUGGUAGCAGGGACUUCCACGAGACGGGUGUGAGUUGUUGCCUGGGAGUGUGGGCAGCGAUUUAUUGUGGGGACGUUGUACAGUCGUCGUCGAAAGUCGAAUUGCGGGGCGGAUCCACGAUCGAUCGUCUCGCUUGGUGACGUUUCUGCUCCAAGCUUCGCACUUCAUGUUUCACGCCUCUCAAUGUAGCGGUCCACGUUUAUGUUGGAGGUUGCCGCCUUUCGUUUUGUAUUUUGUACGGUUCAGAGAUACUGUACCAAUGAGAAGGGAUGUUCUGGUGUAUGCACCACUGUCGUCCGGUUGAUUACCUUACAUCACAGACAGCCGACGGGCGUGAGGUCUCCCUACAGUUACAGUGUAUUUGGUCGCGACCGGCAGGGACUCGGAAACUGGUGUUGUCGGUGUGGUUAUGAUAACACAGGCCAUGCGAACAACCAUCUGAUCCUAAUUUUGCAUGUGUGCAAACUGCCUUUUACGCAGGAGGGCAUGUACGUUUGUUGCUUUCCUCGAUGGGUAGAGAUCAUAGCCUUUCGGUGUGACCCGCUUAGGGAUCAUGGGCGGACCGAGUUGCACCUUGUGCGGGCAAUGAAGCGACAUGGUCGAGAGAUACGCAUAUGCUUACAUGACGCGCCACGGCAAGAAACUGUUAGGCU